AUGAACCAACGCGGAGACGCACAGGACGGCAGUGGGUCGUCCGACCCGGAGUCAUUACGUCGGCCUUCAGCAAUCCGAUACUAUCUCGCCGUGCUUCAGAGGAUGCUGUAUUCGAAGCAUCCAAGGCCGGCGCCGGUGCAGCCCACAGCCAGCCCGGGCCUGGCUCCGCCGGAACAUUACAGGCUGUCACUGCCUCCUACCCCUCCUCCGUCGCCCGUCGUCGAUACAAUAUUCCACCUCCAACACCAGGCUCCGCUCUCCUGUCCCGCUGACCGGAUUGUGCCUUCGUUCAUCAGACCUUGGAAUGGCUUUGAGACUACCCAGCGAAUGAGACUGGAUGUCGUCCAUGGCAUUCUGCCGGACUCUGCCACGGUCUUGCCAUCCCUUGAUCACCUUGCAGACCUCGAGUCUCUGAUGCAGUCUGAUUCCCAGAAUGCAGAUGUGGGCUCCAAGUUGGUGCAGAUAUUCUUCCAUUACGCCGUCGAGGUGCCCGUUGCCCAGAUGAUAGGUGUCUUGAAUGGCCUGCCUCUGAGGAGGCCUCUUGAUCUCAUGGGCAAUGUGUUCUUCCCCUCACACCUCGACACCUCCUCAACCUCCAUGGCACCUCCAAGAACCGUGGAGGAGCGAGAGCAGCAUCUCCAUUGGCUGAUCCCUAGUCAGAGCUACGUCUACCGGAGACAGGGUGAUGACCCACGAACCAACGUCCCCAUCUGCGUCAACCAGUACCACUCGCCCGAUGACCUGAACUUGUCUCAACUUCAGGCUGGUCUGGAAUCACUUAGCAGACUAAGUGAACCUCUUACAAACGCUCAUUUUGGAAGGCUCCGGGAGGUUGGAGACAGCCCCAACUGGACGUUUGAGGAGAGGAAAGCCCUGCUGGCAGUGACCAAUGCCUACACCGUCAUGAUCAAGUCCAAUCUCACAUUUGGCCUCGUGGCCACCGGUGACGCCAUUCUCUUCCUCACCUUGGACGCGCUACACCCCAACACCUUGUUCUUCAAGCUCAUGAACCCCACCGUGGAUGACAUCAAGAUUGAAGGUGGGCACAUCUCCUCCAACAGCGCUGCCGCUGCCCAGUGCCUCUCCUUCUACUUGCAUGUGCUCUUGGAGGCGUUCCAAAGGGAGAAGUAUCCACACAUGGGCAAUAGGCGAGCGUGCUACUGCAAUCGUCCCAUUGAAAGGGUAUGCCCGCCCAUCCUGCGGCGCGGACCGCCGCCGCCUCAUCAUCCCGAGCCCAUCGCUAGUCCUCCACGCUUGGCGGCGAACUGGCCUCCGCAUCUCUCGCCUCCGGAGCCGCCGCCGGUUCCAGUAUAUGCGCAGAGCCUGCAGGUCCCCUUGACCCUUGCGCCCUCGCCCAACACCUACACCGGGGUUGUAACCUCUGUCAAUUCUCAGCAUCUGCCGCCUUCUACCAUUGUCUGGACCAGGAGUUACCAAGGCCCUGGACAGAACACGCCAUGCUUCCCCGUUGCCAAUACAAACAUGACUGCUGUUCAAGGGAUGCAGGCCUCGAGAGACUGGUCGAAUACUCCCUUUGUCUUGCACCAGCCUGCCCUCCCCCCUAUUGCCCUCUAUUCCGCUGGGGCUAGUGCCGAUAACUUGAACAAACUUCCCCCAAUAGCCUCAGUCUUGAUGGGGCUCGCGGCACAGAAGCAUCCAGUCGCGCUUGGAGCGGUGCAAGCUGGAUCUCCAAGCUCUCAUCUCCCUACGUUCCUGCCAAUACAAUCACACAGAAGCCAGCCUUACCGGAAUGUACACAUAGUGAGCCCUGAUGAGGAAAUGACUCGGCGGUUGGCUGUGAACGUUCAGCGUAGGCAAGGGACAUUCAACCAGCCACCCCAGACAGGGGGACUUCAAUCGCUGCAGACAUCCGAGGGUCAUCAGCCCGGCCGGAAUACUGUCGAUGGGCGGGAUGGCUACAACAACCCUGGCUCGGACGAGGCAGCCGUGAAGUUGGAGCAUGGAGAUGAAAAAGCCAAUAGCACCGGCCAUCAGAAAGGUCAAUCCGUGCCCACUCAUGCCCUGCCUCGAUCUACGGGCGGGUCUCCUACUGCGUCCUCACCUGAUGCCGCCUCAAACCCUUACUGCACUCACCUCUGCCUACUCGGGUUGAUUGCGGGCCAGUUCACCGACCUCGACUGCCCCAACGUCGAUGGUCAUCGCCGGCCCAACGACACAUCAAAUGGCAGUGACCGGAGGCACAAGAUCAGCUACGGCAAGUUCCUGGAUCUCGUGACCAAUAGCUUCCACCAAGCCAACGAGAAGAGCCACGCACUGAUUAACGACGAUGUCAUCAAGGUUACGCUGAGCGGGUACAAGUACACCUUUGUCUGCAAGCGCUUCGAGCAGUCCGCCAAGCCAGCCAUGGACCACGAGGUCGCCGUCUUCAACAGACUUUCAUCUCUUCAGGGCAAGCACGUGCCCAUCCUCCUAGGCCAGGUCACCCUCCGCCAGCGCGUCGGGGAUUCCCUCGAGACCGGGCUGGUCCACUACACGCUCAUGUCGUCGGCGGGCGCGCCCCUCUUGGGAAGCCACAAGCUCAUCGGCAUGGACCGGGAUGUGCUCGCCCAGAGAGCCGGGGAGAUCGUCCGCGCCUUCCACAAAAGGGGUGUUUCCUUUAGGGCGACGCUCCGCAACACCUUCUUCGACCACUUCCAGGAGACGGUGGCGGUCGCGGGCCUCGGCAGCGCGAGGAUGUUCGGGGAUGCCCGGCCGCCGCCUCGGCAGAAGACCAAGACUGGGACGAAGAAGCGCGCGCGCGAGGAUGUGGCCGCCCUCACGCUCUCUCCCCGGGGGACACCGCGCAAGAAGCGGCGGACCGAGAGGGGGGCCAAGCCGGUGAUUGAGGUCGAGCCCAUGGACCUGUCCGUGAUGGCGAGGAUAUGGGCGCAGGGCAGGGACAAGGUCGAUGCCUUUCUCAAUAACCUCCGCGAUGCUGGGGGGGCUCUUGGGAGUCGAGUCUGA